AUGCAUUUCACCGAAGAUGAAGCCAACGAUGUGAAGCAAUGGGUGGUCAAGAAACUCGAGGACAUUUCGGAUGCGGAUUCGGAUGUCCUUGCAGACUACGUACUUGCGCUCAUUAGGUCUGAUGCACCAGACGACGAAAUCCGACAAACAUCUGUCGAAAACCUGGAGGAUUUCCUCCGCGAAAACACUGCCCCCUUUGUUGACGAACUCUUCAACUCUUUUGGCCCGAAGAAGGCUCGGGCAGCGCCGCCACAGACCCAGCUCCAGCAGCCUCCCCAAGACUUCCCACAAGCUAUUCCCACAACCCAACAGGCGAUCAAUGCCCCCACUGGCCCUAGAGGUGAUUUCAAUAACCGGAAGCGAACCUACAAUGAAGGAUUCCAGGGCGAGCAGGAGCAAGGUGAACUCGUCCCGCAGAACCGGGCUUUCAAGACCCCGCGACGAGGCCGUGGAGGUGCUCGCGGCGAUUGGAUGGGAAGCGGCCGUCAUGCGCAAGGUGGUCAGCAGUUCCCGCCCAACGGCCCCGGUGGAUUCCCGGGUAUGAUGCCUGGGUUCCAGCAGUUCGACCCCAAUGAUCCGAUGGCGGCGAUGAUGGCCAUGCAGCAGCAGAUGGGAUUCCCCCAAAUGCCCGGAAUGCCGCCCAUGCCAGGGAUGCCCGCUCCGGGUCAGCCUGGAUCCGAGCAGGUGAGCAACCAGCGUUGUCCGUUCUACGAUACUCAAGGUAUCUGCUACAUGGGCGAUGCCUGUCCCUACCAGCAUGGUGAAGCUGGAGCCGGAAGGAGUGAUGAAUAUGACCCCAAGUCGGCAAUGAUGAACUCAGGUGGACGAGGACGCGGCGACCGGGGCCGUGGUGAUCGUGGCCGUGGCCGUGGCCGCGGUGCCUUCGGCGGACGGCGAGGCGGCCGGUCCGACUUCUCGUCAGCCGGACCCAACGAGGAUCAGUCAAUAACGACGAUUGUGGUCGAGCAGAUCCCCGAUGAGAAGUUCUCGGAGGAGGCAGUGCGCGAAUUCUUCUCGCAGUUCGGCAACAUCGUUGAGGUGUCCUUGCAGCCGUACAAAAAGCUGGCACUCGUGAAGUAUGAAAAUUUCGGCGAGGCCAAGCAGGCAUGGUCCAGCCCCAAGGUGAUCUUUGAUAACCGCUUUGUCAAAGUCUACUGGUACAAACCGAAGCAUGAUGAGAACAACGGUGACUCUCAUCAGUUGAGACCUGAAGCCCCUGCAUUUAACCCUGAAGAGUUUGAAAAGCAGCAAGAGGAAGCCCAGAAAUCCUACGAAGAAAAAAUGAAAAAGCGCCAGGAGACCGAAGAAGCCAAGCAGGCUCUCGAGCGCCAGCGCGACGAACUCCUGAAAAAGCAACAGGAAGAAAAAGCUCGCCUGCUGCAGCGCCUUGGAGGUGCAGUGUCGAGCAAUGGUGCAGAUUCGGAAGACCAAUCUAUGGAGGGCACUGGGGAUGAGAAUGUGAGCGACGAGACCAAGAAAUUGCGUGCGCAGUUGGCUGCUCUCGAGGCAGAGGCCAAGACCCUCGGUAUUGACCCCAGUGCCGAGUCUGGGCGCGGGGGCUAUCGCGGUCGGGGUGGCUACCGGGGCCGUGGCACCUACCGGGGACGUGGAGGAUACGAUCCUUCAUUCCGCGGUGGCUAUCGCGGCCGCGGUGGAUUUGCUCCUCGCGGUCGUGGUAGUGUGCUGCGUCUGGACAACCGACCACGCCGCGUCGCAGUAACGGGCGUGGAGCUCAACUCGGACAAGGAUGAAGCGCUCCGCCAAUACUUGAUUGGUAUUGCCGAAUACCAAUCCAUCGAGCCCAACCCUGGCCAGCCCGACUCUGUGGUCGUGGCAUUCAAGGAGCGCUACCAAGCGGAGAAGUUCAUGUUCUCGCCCUGGAACAUUCCCUCCGUGGGCGAGGUCCAACUCUCAUGGCUUCCCAACCCACCGGUCACUCUUCCCCCGUCUGGAUCAACAGACAAGAACGGCUUCGAGGAGGACCAGGACAUGGCCAUGGACUCGACUCCGGCCAACGAGGCACCGGUCCCGGCACCGACACGCAGCGAUAUGGAUUAUGACGUUGCGGAGGAUGAUAACUGGGGAAUGGAGUAA